GCGGCUUCAGCACCACGGACAGCGCCCCGCCCGCGGCCCUCCAGCCCGAGGCGCGCUCGAGUGAUUUGGGUGAGACAGCGAGCUAUGCCCGAAGAAUGGCCCGGCGCUCCGGCCCCAUGGCACUGCUUCUCAGUUUCGGCCUCCUCGGACUGUGCCCAGGGGCCUGGGGUACAGAUACAGAGGAGAGACUGGUGGAGCAUCUGUUGGAUCCUUCUCGUUACAACAAGCUCAUCCGCCCAGCCACUAAUGGCUCUGAGCUGGUGACGGUACAGCUCAUGGUGUCACUGGCCCAGCUCAUCAGUGUGCAUGAGCGGGAGCAGAUCAUGACCACCAAUGUCUGGCUGACUCAGGAGUGGGAGGAUUACCGCCUUACCUGGAAGCCUGAAGAGUUUGACAACAUGAAGAAAGUUCGGCUCCCAUCUAAGCACAUCUGGCUCCCAGAUGUGGUCCUGUACAACAAUGCUGACGGCAUGUACGAGGUGUCCUUCUAUUCCAAUGCUGUGGUCUCCUAUGACGGUAGCAUUUUCUGGCUUCCGCCGGCAAUCUACAAGAGUGCAUGCAAGAUCGAAGUCAAGCACUUCCCAUUUGACCAGCAAAACUGCACCAUGAAGUUUCGCUCAUGGACCUACGACCGCACUGAGAUCGACUUGGUUCUCAAGAGUGACGUAGCCAGCCUGGAUGACUUUACACCCAGUGGUGAGUGGGACAUCGUGGCACUGCCAGGCAGGCGCAAUGAGAACCCUGACGACUCUACCUAUGUGGACAUCACUUAUGAUUUCAUCAUCCGCCGCAAGCCACUCUUCUACACCAUCAACCUCAUCAUCCCCUGCGUGCUCAUCACCUCACUGGCCAUCCUUGUUUUCUAUCUGCCAUCGGACUGCGGCGAGAAGAUGACUCUGUGCAUCUCAGUGUUGCUGGCGCUCACUGUCUUCCUGUUGCUCAUCUCCAAGAUCGUGCCGCCCACUUCCCUGGACGUGCCCCUCGUUGGCAAGUACCUCAUGUUCACCAUGGUACUCGUCACCUUCUCCAUCGUCACCAGCGUGUGCGUGCUCAAUGUGCACCAUCGCUCCCCCACCACGCAUACCAUGGCGCCCUGGGUCAAGGUUGUCUUCCUGGAGAAGCUGCCGGCACUGCUCUUUAUGCAGCAGCCGCGCCACCAUUGCGCCCGUCAGCGCCUGCGCCUACGGCGGCGCCAGCGUGAGCGCGAGGGCGCAGGCGCCUCAGUCUUCUUCCGCGAAGCCCCGGGGGCUGGCUCUUGCACUUGCUUCGUCAACCAAGCGUCUGUCCAGGGCUUGGCCGGUGCCUUAGGGACUGAGCCUGCUCUGGUAGCUGGCUCAGGGGCAUCAUGUGGCUGCGGCCUCCGAGAGGCGGUCGAUGGAGUGCGCUUCAUUGCGGACCACAUGCGCAGCGAGGACGAAGACCAGAGCGUGAGCGAGGACUGGAAGUACGUUGCCAUGGUGAUUGAUCGCCUGUUCCUCUGGAUCUUUGUCUUCGUCUGUGUCUUUGGCACCAUCGGCAUGUUCCUGCAGCCUCUCUUCCAAAACUAUACCACCACCACCUUCCUCCACUCAGCUCCCAGCUCCAAGUGAGGUCCCCGCCUGCUCCCCGCUCCUUCACCCCUUUGCCCUCUGGAACAGAAGUGUCGGGUGAAGGAGAGAUGCAUAAACUACCAGGAAGAGGGG